AUGUCCUCACCCCUCACAAUAUUCCUCACAACCUACAACACAGGCCUCCAGGGCUCUCGCGCCCAAGAACAGGAUCUCUCUUCUUGGCUCAUUCCUCAGCUCCAUAAAGCUGCUGCCGAGGCCCCAACACCCGACAUCUAUGCCAUCGCCGUGCAGGAACUCUUACCACUGCACCUCGGACUGGCUGGUCUCGCUCAACCCGUGCUUGCCACACUCACACAUCGCAUCCAAGCGCUCCUCUCCGCUCAUGCCACCUCCGUUUCGCCAGGCAAGGUCAAGGAGCAGUAUACACUCGUAGGCCGUGAGUGCCGCGUCGGGACGGCUCUGUGGGUCUUUGCCCGUGAGAGCACAACAGCAGGCAGGAUCGGCAAGGUCCUCCGCACGAGCAUCGGGCUGUGGCACCUCGGUAUGGGCAACAAGGCCGCCGUCGGCGUGCGUCUGCCCAUCAAACGCAGCCAGGACGGCGAGUCCGGCUGGGAAUCGCUCACUUUCAUCUCGGCCCACCUCGAAGCCCACGACCACAACAUCGCCGCCCGGAACGAGCAGUACAAUACGAUCCUGUCGUCACUUGUCUUCAGAGGCGGCGAUGCGUUACACCGCCUCCAACCGUUCCAGCCGCACCACACUUCGCAUCUCUUCAUCAUGGGCGACCUCAACUACCGCCUCGAGCGCCUUGCCGGCGACUACCCGCGCGAGAAGGGUGAGCUUGUCAGCGUCGAGCGCGAGCGUGCCGACCUCGUGCAGCUCGACACGCUCAAGAAGGAGCAGGCCGCCGGUCGCGUGUUUGGCGGUCUCCGCGAAGGUGACCUCACACGCUUUGCCCCGACGUACAAGCGCGUUGUGGGCGAGGUCGAGGGAUACUCCCAGAAGCGCAUUCCCGGAUGGACUGACCGCAUCCUAAUCGCGUCGCACAACGAUCCGCCGAGCCUGUAUGCGGCGAACGCAGAACCGGGUCUCUCGCCCGAAGGCACCACCCAGAUCCUCCAGUACACUUCUUCACCCGAGGUCACGAUCUCGGACCACAAGCCGGUGCACGCGCUCGUUGUUCUCCCGCCAAUCACGCACAGCGCGCCCUACACUUCCCUAUCGCCUUUGCUCGCCGCUCCGCCCCCGCCUUCGCGGACUCGGCCCAGCGCGCGCAGCCAGGAAGACGUGUUCUUCUGGUACAUCUUUGGCAACGUGCUCGAUCGCCUCGUGGGCUUGCCGUGGUGCGUUAUCGCGCUCCUCGGCUUCGGAAACGAGAAGACAGGCAUGGGCGUGAGCGCGUUCCUCGCCAUGAUCUGGGGAUUGUGGUGGAGCGGGCUCAUGGAGGGCUAUUUCUCCAGCUAA